GGCGGGGCGGCGCGCCGGGAGCCCGGAGCCCGGCCCUGCGCUCGGCUCGGCUCGCCUCGCGGCGGGCGCCCUCGUCGCCAGCGGCGCACCAUGGACGGGCUGCCCGGUCGGGCGCUGGGGGCCGCCUGCCUUUUGCUGCUGGCGGCCGGCUGGCUGGGGCCCGAGGCCUGGGGCUCGCCCACGCCCCCGCCGUCGCCCGCCGCGCCGCCGCCGCCCCCGCCGCCCGGAGCUCCCGGCGGCUCGCAGGACACCUGUACGUCGUGCGGCGGCUUCCGGCGGCCCGAGGAGCUGGGCCGGGUGGACGGCGACUUCCUGGAGGCGGUGAAGCGGCACAUCUUGAGCCGCCUGCAGAUGCGGGGCCGGCCCAACAUCACGCACGCCGUGCCCAAGGCCGCCAUGGUCACGGCCCUGCGCAAGCUGCACGCGGGCAAGGUGCGCGAAGACGGCCGCGUGGAGAUUCCGCACCUCGACGGCCACGCCAGCCCCGGCGCAGACGGCCAGGAGCGCGUCUCCGAGAUCAUCAGCUUCGCCGAGACAGAUGGCCUCGCCUCCUCCCGGGUCCGCCUGUACUUCUUCGUCUCCAACGAGGGCAACCAGAACCUGUUUGUGGUGCAGGCCAGCCUGUGGCUCUACCUGAAGCUCCUGCCCUACGUCCUGGAGAAGGGCGGCCGCAGGAAGGUGCGCGUCAAGGUGUACUUCCAGGAGCAGGGCCACGGCGACCGGUGGAACGUGGUGGAGAAGAAGGUGGACCUCAAGCGCAGUGGCUGGCACACCUUUCCGCUCACCGAGGCCAUGCGGGCCUUGUUUGAGCGCGGCGAGCGGCGGCUCAACCUGGACGUGCAGUGUGACGGCUGCCAGGAGCUGGCCGUGCUGCCCGUGUUCGUGGACCCGGGCGAGGAGUCGCACCGGCCCUUUGUGGUGGUGCAGGCCCGGCUGGGGGACAGCAGACACCGCAUCCGCAAGCGGGGCCUGGAGUGCGAUGGCCGGACGAACCUCUGUUGCAGGCAGCAGUUCUUCAUCGACUUCCGCCUCAUCGGCUGGAACGACUGGAUCAUCGCGCCCACUGGCUACUACGGGAACUACUGUGAGGGCAGCUGCCCGGCCUACCUGGCGGGGGUCCCCGGCUCCGCCUCCUCCUUCCACACGGCCGUGGUCAACCAGUACCGCAUGCGGGGCCUCAACCCCGGCACGGUCAACUCCUGCUGCAUCCCCACCAAGCUGAGCACCAUGUCCAUGCUCUACUUCGACGACGAGUACAACAUCGUCAAGCGGGACGUGCCCAACAUGAUCGUGGAGGAGUGCGGCUGCGCCUGACCCACGGCAGGGCUGUGGCGGCGGCGGGGCGCAAGGGCUGGCGGGGGGGGGGGGGGGCGGCAGGGCUCCUUGCAGCCCCUGUGGGAACCGGCUGCCCAGCCGCAGAGCGCUGUCCUUGCAUCGGGCUGCCCAGAAGGUGCCGGCGCGAGGCCUGAGAUCUUUUUCUACUACUUCAUCGAGCAAUCAGUCAAAGCCAGAGCAAGAACCCUCAACUGACAUGAAAUGCUUUCAAAUGCACACGUAGACACGCACAGCCAGACGCAUCCUGCCACCCACACAGCAGCCUCUGGGAUACCAGCAAAUGGAUGCGGUGACCAAUGGCAGCUUAGCUGCAGAUGCCUGUUGGUGGGAGAGAAUGGGGUGAGCGGCCACCAUUCCCACCAGCUGGCCCGGCCACUCUGAAUCGCGCCUUCCGAGCACACAUAAAAGCACAAAGACAGAGAGACACACGCACAGAAAGAGAAAGAGAGAGAGCACGGGAGCCACAGAAAGGAAAAGCAGAAGCGGGGGUGGGGAGCGUGCAGACGGGCAGGAAGGCUGCAUGUCCCCCUUUGCUGGUGUGCAAGGCCUGCCAUGCCUCAGCAUCUCCUGGCUCGGGCAUGUUGGCUUCCUUCCCUGCCUGGGAUCCUUCAUGCUGCAGGACCAGGGGAAGCCGGUCUUUUCCCACCCUUGUAGAGGGGAAAGAGGCCCAGAAUGGACACAACCUGCCAGAGACCAUGGAGCCGUGGCAAUGACCGUUUGACUGUCGCUUGGGUCCCUGGCGUGACUUCUAUGUGUGUUUGUUUUGGGGGGAGGGAGGGAGGGCGACGAGAAGGGUCUUAAUUUGAUGCUUUAACUGAUCACUAGCAGUUGACAGACAGGUCACGCAUUCCAGUUGUAUCAUGGAAAAGGGACUUUUCUACCAGGUAUGACCUUUUAAGUUAAGAUUUGAAUCGUUUUACAUGGGAAGAAAAAAAAAAAGUUGCAAUCUGUGCCCUUCACUGGGGAUAUUCCUCUAGGCCUGGUUGGGAUAGGGGUGGAAAUGACCCUUAGGCAAGGGCAUGAGCCCAGAGGAGGAAAUGGUGGAGUGGAGGCAUUCUGGGAAUGCUGGUGUUGGGGAGUGGGGGUGCCCUCCCACCCCCACCCCAGCAGGGUUUGUGGGAGGGGAGCAGCGUAGCCGGUCUUGGAGAGCUGGGGGAGGCUUUCAGCUGCUUUGCAGAAGUUGCCCGCGUGGGUUCCGGCCACCAGGGCCGGCCAUGGACGUGGCCCCCGCCUGUUCGCGCCUGCCCGCCUGCCCCUCCUAGCACUUGCCGACUUGCCUGAACGCACAUGAUCUAGCACUUGCCCAUCUGCGUGUGUCCAGGAGUGGCCCUUGGCAGAGCACUGAACUCGCUCGCCCCCAGAUGCCCAAGUGCCGCGUGAACUAUGCAAUUUAAAGGGUUGACCCACACUAGACGAAACUGGACUCGUACGACUCUUUUUAUAUUUUUUAUACUUGAAAUGAAAUCCUUUGCUUCUUUUUUAAGCGAAUGAUUGCUUUUAAUGUUUGCACUGAUUUAGUUGCAUGAUUAGUCAGAAACUGCCAUUUGAAAAAAGAAGUUAUUUUUAUAGCAGCAAAAAAAAAAAUACAGUUAAAUGUAUUAUACAUAAUUUUGGAACCAAAGAGGCCAACAGAUCAGUUUUAAUUUUUAUUAGAUGGUGAGGCCAUCUUCUGUGAGGUAGACGUUCUGAACAAUCCCUUGAGUGGCCUGCCAACGUUUCAGGGUAUAAAUGGAUUUUGUUUAUUCAGUUUGAUGUGUCUUUUCUAUCUUUACACACCCAGAAGGUACAGAAAAAAUGACUAUGGUAGAAUGCAGGUGUGCGUCCUUAAAUCCCCACCUUUAUGUUUAUUUAAUAAAGCUCCCCUUAGGUUCUGUUUCAUAAUAAUUUAAAACCAAACAAUUUUCCCAUAGACUUGCUGUUAAAGUAUUUUACAUCUGUGUACAGUUUAAGAAAAUAAAAGAUUGAGUGCCACGGG